AACCCCCGCCAGCGGUCAGUUAAAUUAAAUGUUUAAUUGACGAAGUUGUACAUGCUAUCGACAGUACCUGCAUUCGGAUAUCGGUGAUACGAACACAGGUUAACGAUACGCUCGAUUUUCUCCUUCGAUAAGAGUUCUCUCACGUUUCACCAUAAGCUCGGCUUUGAUCGCUUAAUCAUUCACUGGGAAUAUCAUUUGCAUUUUCAUCCUGAACUCUGAGAAGAAAAUGUUGAUACAAGCAUAUUAUCUAACGGAAACUAUUAAUUGAAAAAGUGACAAAGUUAAUACUCGGAUUUUGUGGUUAAAUGGAUGAUAAUUAUUUAGACUAAAUAAAAAAGGAGGAUUUCUUAUCAAGAUGUGUGCGUAAUUUAAACCCCAAAAAAAGGAUAAAUUUCGUGUUUUCAACUAGAUACUAGUAGACAAUCUAAUCAAGAUCACUGUUGAAGAAAUUCAUUGAGAGAAUGAUGGUCCUAUAAAGUAUUGUGGCAAAAGCCAGUGAGGAAAUUAAAAAUCAGUUGUAUAAAUUGUAAGAAAGAACAAUGAAUAUAAGUAAUUCUACAGCUGGUGGAUACACUGUUGUUGAUUUGAACGACGUGUCAGACACGAUAUCAACAAUAUCAACUAUGACGUCAUCAAACGUCACAAACUGUACGUCAGUUAAAUCUCCAAUGUUCAAUGAUAUCCAGUUUAUUGAUAAAACACUGACGCCAAUUAUAUAUGCAGUCGGAUUUCCCGGAAAUAUAUUAUCAUUUCUUAUUUGGAUACGACCGCGCAUGCGUCAUUCGUCUGGAGUUUAUUUGGCGGCACUUGCAUUAGUGGAUUUCAUCUUUCUUGUGCUUCAUUUGCUUUAUGAACUUGAAAAAAUUUGGGGAGUGAGUACUAUAAAUAUGCCUGUCAUCUGUGAAAGUUUUACAGUUAUUUUUCUCACCUUCCAGUAUUUGGCGCCAUUGUUAGUAUUGGCGUUCACAGUCGAAAGAUAUAUAUCAAUAUGUCAUCCAUUUAAACGUGAACAGUAUUGCACCACACGUAGAGCUGAAAUGGUGUCGUUGUUUUUAGCCUUCAUCUCGCUUGCAAUUUGUGCUAUACAAGGAUACUUUUGGACCUAUAAAGACGGGGAGUGUGGCAUACGCAAGGAAGCACUAUAUGGGGACAAUAAGUCUUUGUGGAACAUCUAUUCUUGGGCCACAGAGUUAUUGAUCUUUCUUGUUGUUCCAUUAAGUGUCUUAACAUUCAAUAUGUUGGUGAUUAGAGAAGCCAAGCGAUUAUCUAAGUACGAACAUACAAUACUACAAGGGCGUACGCAGAAAACUUCUGCGACAACAAUAAUGCUCUUAGCAGUUUCAUUUUACCUCAUUUUUACAACACUUCCUGUUACCGUUGUAUAUGUAUCGGUCCUUAAUUUUAAUGAAGGCCCUAUAUGUGUCAUCGAGGAUGAAAAUUCAACUUGGAGAAAGUAUUACAUUUAUCAUCUUGUAAGGGCUGUUAUCGAAGAAAUUGGAAUUACACACUUUGCUCUAAACUUUUACAUAUAUCUAAUUACUGGAAAGAUGUUUAGGAAAGAAUUCAAGAAGAUGUUUAUUGGUCUAGUUGAUAAAGCCGUGCCGGAAAAAAUCAGGACAGAGUAUACAACUAUGGCAAGAACAAGUUUUAGGGGAAGCCUUAAGAAAAAUGUAACUGUGCGACUGACGUCAAAUGGAUCGACGGGCCUGAGCACCAAAAACCAGAAUGGGAGUGAAACAAACUUAUGAUAUGAAUAUUAAUUCUGGCAUUUGAGCCGCGCCAUGAGAAAAACAACAUAGUACGUUUGCGACCAGCAUGGAUCUAGACCAGCCUGUGCAUCCGCACAGUCUGGUCAGGAUCCAUGUUGUUCGCUUUCAAAGCCUAUUGCAGUUAGAGAAACCGUUAGUGAACAGCAUAGAUCCUGACCAGACUGCGCGGAUGCACAGGCCUGUCUGGAUCCAUGCUGGUCGCAAAUGCACUAUGUUGGUUAUUUCAUAGUGCGGCUUAUUUGAUAUUUAUAUCAAAGCUGUGCCAUCAAUUAGGAUAAAGUUUCAUACUUUCAAAACAGACUUUCUUAUGCUUCUUAUAUUCUCGUUUAAGUCUGUGUCAGUUUGAUAAUUUAUGACAAUCAUUUUUCUAAAAAUGCAUAAUAAUUUUUCACGUUUAUAUAAUAACUUUUACUUCAGUUUUUAUUCUUCUUCAAUAUUAAUUCAUGUAUGACAUUGUAAAAAUUGUUAAAAGACAAAAAGCCUAUGGAAGCCAUGUUCUCUAAGAAGUCUAUUAUUUACAUACAUCUAAUUUACUUGCAACUAUAAGCAACAGAAACAAAUGAAAGACAACAUGGCUUCGUUGCAAGAAUAAUGAUUUGAUGUUUUACCUGUGUCAAAUGUGAUUCCGUGAUUAUCUGAUAGAACACAAUGUGUUUCAGGUCACUCAUCUUCCAUUUCUGCUUCAUGUAGGAAAGUUGUCAGUUACUUGCGGAGGCAAGUAAAUUCUAAAACACUAUAUAGUUUAACUGAUAACUGUUGUGUAUACUGUUUCAAGCGGCAUUAGAAUAUAAAAAAAAAAUGUAAUAAAAAAUAUAUUUGGAUGCAAACUAAAGCACGACAACACAAGUCGUCGUCUGAAAUCAGGAACUUGGAUAUGUACACACUAUCGAACUUCCAAUGUAUAAUUUAUACCCUUUAUAUUUGGAACAUACUUCCUAGGAUCAAAAUUAUGCGUAAUACUGUUCGGUACACCUAAUAAUAAAUAAAAGAUAAAGGGUAUUUUGGCCUGUUGUUUAAUACAUAACAAAAAUAACAUCACAAGUAUGCUCGUUAUAUCGUUUAAUACAAGAUUGUUACAUCAUCGAGCAAAUACAUACUUAGAAUGAAAACGUAUGCAGAUCUAUGACAAAAGUCAGAUUCCACAAAUAGUGUUCACGUCAUUCUGUAUAUAUUUAUCUUUCUUUUUUCUUUUAUUUUCUUUUUUUUUUCUUGUUUUAUACAAAUACGAAAUUGAAAGACGCUUUAAGUUGCAGUAAGUAAAUGACAUCCAUUUAGCACACUGUGGUAAUGCUUUCAGUGUAUAUACAUGUAAAACUGUUCUUUAGAUAUAUUCAGUGUAUAUUUACUGUGAUAAAGUAGCAAAUAGCACCAGAAAAUAUCAUGGCUCUCUAGUGUUUUCUAUGUCUUUGUAAUAAUGUUAUGCUGCAUAUAGAAACGUCAGGUUAGUCAUAGGUCAGAAAAGUAAAAGAAACUUAACAUGAUGAAAUUCCUUUCGCCUAGACAGUACAGAAAGCGAGCAUUCUGUAGCCAAUAUUUUUAAUCUGGACAAAUUAUACCUACGUCGUUCAUUGCAUUAUUUAGUAAAUCUGUUGAAAAGGUGUGUUACAUGCAUAUAAUUUUAGACUUUAUAAAGCGAAAAAUAGUCUGAUAAAGAUGUAUAGAGUAACCAAGAGAUACAUGGCAGCCUUAUGAGAUUGACGACAUUUUUGUGAAAGCUCCCUAGGCAACUGGGAAAUCAGUGGCAUACAUGCCUAAAACUUUGCGGUUUCUGGCGUACCGGUUAUCAUUAAAGUGCCUGAUUUCACAUAUGAGCCGCGCCAUGAGAAAACCAACAUAGUACAUUUGCGACCAGCAUGGGUCCAGACCAGCCUGCGCAUGCUGUUCGCUUUCAAAGCCUAUUGCAAUUAUAGAAACCGUUAGCGAACAACAUGGAUCCUGACUAGACUGUGGUCGCAAACGCACUAUAUUGGUUUUCUCAUGGCACGGCAAUUAUUUAUGGUAUUAUUUUCAAAUGUAUGAACAUGUUGAUAUCCUACCACUAUAGAAAUGCAGAAGAAUAUUAAAAUAUUGUCUCAUCAUGUAGAUUACAAUUUACUCUCUUUAGUACAUUUCGAGGUUAAUGUGUUUUUUUCUUAUUGAUCACAUAUUCUAAUAACCUCAGUAAUUAAAUGCAGAAAUAUAAAGGUAAAUGUCUCAUUAUUUGCAAUUUCAGCGUGUAGGUUGCCGCUUUGAAUUACUUAUAAAUGUGUUUUACAUUUUGACAAUGUCAUUGCUUUUUGAUAUAUCUGUUAACAUACAUAUUUUUCAUCAUCAGAUAAUAUCUAAGUAUUGAUUUUGUUCGUGUUGUUUUAUUUUCAACCUACACCAAUAAAGAUUAAUAUGUUU